AUGAAGACCGAAGAGCUUUCAAAGCAGAAAGAUGUCUUACAUCAAAUAUCUCAGGCUAGUGAUGCUAUCCGACAGAAGCACAGAAUGCUGAAGUUGGGUAAAGACACAGCUGAGAAGGCAAUGGGUGAAAUCUUUAAGCCUAUUGUUAGACCUUUGCAGAGUGUAGUCGAAUCGUCUGAGCAUAAAAUCAAACAAGAAGUCAACAAAGAAUUAAAUGAUGAUAAUUCAAUGAUGAUUAAUGAUACAGAAUUUGAUGAUGCCAGUAAUUAUGAUAGUAUCAUCUCUGAAGAAAGCAGUGGAACUCUGAAAGAAACACAAAUAUUUCCUGCUGUAUCAAGUACUCUUGCUAAGCCAGUUAGCACAGACUUAUUGGAUACUUACAAUAAUACCAAACAUCGAACAAGUAAAGUGAAACCUGCGGAUGAUACUGCUGCUAAUGAAAAAGAACUGCUGGAAAAAAUAUACAAACCUCUUCAAGCUCAGCAACAAGCACGAAAAAAUAAAUUCAAAGUCGGAGACAAAGUUCGAAUCAGCAAGUACAAACAUGUGUUAAAAAAAGGUUACACACCCAACUGGACGACUGAAAUUUUUACAAUUAAGACAGUGCAGAAAACGAAGCCGACAACGUAUAAGCUCGUAGACUAUCGGGAUAAACCUAUUUAA